AUGACCGGAGGCAUGUCUUCAGGAAGAGAGUUCUUCCAGGAUUUUGACAAUCUCCUCCGCAGGGGUGGAACUCUCGAUGUUUCCGAACGUGAUACCGUCAACGAGAACCGUUGGAGUGGUGUGAACACCCACAGUCCGCUGGUAUCUGGUGAAGUACUUGUUGUCCUUCUGCAGACCGUUACCCUUAUCAGGGGCCGGGGUCAGCAGCUCCCAGAGCUUCUUGGAGUCGACUCCUUCCAGAGACUUGACAGCAAGGUCAAUUGCCAGUCCAACAACCUCCUUUUGGGUCUUGUUGAAAGUGACGGAGUCGUCAAUCCGGUUGUCAAACAGAAUCUCCGAGAACUUCCAGAAUUGAUCUGGGUACAGCUUGGCAACGGCCAAAGCGACCUCGUGGUAGGCACCAGAACCAACAUAGUGCCAUGGCUGGAUCACGUUGAAGAAAACAAAGUCGAACUUGUCGGCAAUGUGCUUUUUCUCGAGCAAUGGAAUAACCUCGGUAUUUAUCUUGUUGAACAGCUUUUUGGAAAAAGGGCAAUUGUAGUCCAGAAACAGCUGGACAGCGCUCUUGAUCGAGUUGGAGGAGCUGGAAACCGGAGACAGAACGUGGGAAUGGGCAAAUCUAGGAGCAAUCGACAUAGUGGCAAAUUUAAUCAGGGACAGUUAUGUGGCUUCUCACAGCUUAAAGCCAUCGCCAGUCGGCUGCUGGAUUACGUCGAUCGCACAAAAGCAACGGACCCAGACAACGCAGGAAUCAAGACUACUGAAGAUGGUAUUGUUUUGUAUCCUCAACCGUCAGACUCUCCAAACGACCCGCUUAACUGGGGAACAUGGACCAAGAUGUACCAGUUUGCACUGCUGGCCUUUAUCACUGGUUUCACUGCUGCUACAUCCAACGACGCUGGAUCUACGCAAGACUCUUUAAACGAGAUCUAUGGUAUUUCGUACGACUCCAUGAACACAGGAGCUGGUGUUCUGUUUGCAUCUAUCGGACUGACCACUGUGAUUUUGGGACCCUUUUCCUCGCUUUAUGGCCGCAAAAUCAGUUACGUGAUCUGUAUUAUUCUUGGUCUUGUUGGUGCUGUAUGGUUCGCUUUGAGCAAAGAUACGAGUGAUACAAUCUGGUCGCAGUUGUUUGUGGGCGCCUCUGAGGCUUGUGCCGAGGCCCAGGUCCAGCUUUCGUUGUCAGACAUGUAUUUUUCGCAUCAACUGGGAGGAGUCUUGACAGUGUAUAUCUUGGCAACCUCUGUUGGAACGUAUCUGGGCCCGCUUAUUGCCGGAUUUAUUGUUCAAUACACCACCUUCCGUUGGGUGGGAUGGGUUGCUGUGAUCAUCUCGGGUGGUUUGCUGGCUGUGAUGUUUCUGACGCAAUACGAAACCUAUUUCGACAGAUCCAGCUACAUUGGACAGAUCGACUCGAAAGAAAAGACGCUCAACGUCAAGUAUGACGAGAAAAAUGCAGACACGCAGUCUGCAGAAAGAUCGGAGGUGCUUGAGGUUGGAGGAGUGUAUGGCACCGGCGCCGGCGAGCCAAGAAAAUCUUACUGGAAAAGAGUGCAGCUAAUCACUCCUUCUGCUUCUUUGGUCGGCUUCGGUAUCAGACAAUACUUCCAGCGGCUGAUUUUGAUGCUGCGUGUGUUCUGGUUCCCUCCGGUUCUGCUUUCGGGACUGCUGUGGGGUCUACAAGACGCUUUUUUGACAUUCUAUUUAACCACCGAGGACGACCAAUACUACGACCCUCCAUGGAACUACUCCAACACGGGAGUUGCUUUGAUGAACCUGCCGUGUGUUAUUGGAGCUCUGGUUGGAUGUAUCUACGCCGGAUAUUUUUCUGAUUGGUUUGUCAUCUGGAAGGCCAAGAGAAACGGCGGAAUCCAAGAGGCAGAGUUCAGACUCUGGUUUGUGUUUCCUGCUGCCAUUCUGUCGCCACUGGGACUGCUGAUCUUUGGUAUCGGCACCGAGAAAGAGUGGAGCUGGAAGAUCACAUACACAAUUGGGCUUGGAUUCAUAGGAUUUGGGUUUGCUACGGCCGGAGACACUGCCAUGGCGUAUCUGAUGGAUGCGUAUCCAGAAAUGGUUCUGGAAGGAAUGCUUGCGGUUGCCUUCAUCAACAACAUGAUUGGGUGUAUUUUCACGUUUGUCUGCUCUCCUUUGAUCGACGCUCUGGGAAACGUCCGCACUUACGUGAUGCUUGCGGUGAUCGACAUUGGCACGUUUGCGUUUGUGAUUCCGUUCUUGAUCUACGGCAAGCAAAUGAGACAGUGGACCAAAAAUCAAUUGAGGGUCCUUGAGCAGAGAGGACUGAGCGCUUCCCAAUGGAGAGUAGGCCUCGACGACGAUGCCCUGCUCCUUGCAGUAGGCCAACAGCUCGAAACGUGGGUACUUCUGCAUCAGCUCCCAGGUCUUGAUGUAGUCCCACUCUCUGUCGUUGUAGAACUUGUCUGGGUCGUUAGGGUCCUUGACGAAGAACUGUUCCUUGGCGUCGGCAGCAGGCUUGACGAAUGGAACAGGCCAGUGCAUCAGGUACAGGUCGACGUAGUCCAGACCAAGUCUUUUCAAAGAGCCGUCCAAAGCAGAAGCUGGGUCUCUUUGGUUGGUGUUCCACACCUUAGUGGUGACGAAAAUAGACUCUCUUGGCACACCAGAGUCUCUAAUGGCACGGCCAACGUCUGCCUCGUUCUGGUAAACAUGGGCAGUGUCAAUGUGUCUGUAGCCAACCUUCAAGGCGUGCAACACAGAAGCGUAGGUGUCCUCAGGAGAGGAUUGCCAGCAUCCAAGGGCAAUGGAAGGAAUCGAGGCGCCGGUGUUAAGCUUUUGGGUUUUUGUGGAAAUCGAAGCCAUAGUGGAUAUUUCAGCAGCAACGAAAAAAACUGGUUUGACAAUGUUGGCAAUUUUCAAUUUGUAAUGUCUUUAUUCAAGGAAGUGUCGUUGCCAACUGGCGAAAAAUACCAACAGCCUAUUGGUCUGUUCAUCAACAAUGAGUGGGUGUCUUCAGACUCGCAGCUGGAGACAAUUGACCCAGCCACAGAAAAGCCAAUUGUGUCUGUGUACGCAGCUGGCGAAAAAGAGGUGGAUCAGGCAGUUGCCGCUGCGAGGGGCGUUUAUCAGAGCUGGUUGCAAGUGCCAGGUGAGGAGAGGGCGCUGAAAAUGCACAAACUGGCCGACCUGCUGGAAAAAAACGCCGACUUGGUGGCUAAGGUGGAGGCGAUGGAUUCGGGCAAGCCGUUCGAGUCCAACGCAAAACCAGACAUCCUCAGUGUGGUGGAGUACCUGCGUUACUGUGCAGGCUGGGCAGAUAAGAUCCACGGCAAAACCAUUCCUUUAAGCGACAACAGACUAGCCAUCACCAGGAGAUAUCCUUUGGUGGUUGGCCAGAUCGUUCCAUGGAACUACCCGUUGUCCAUGUCUGGAUGGAAGUUCUGCCCCGCUUUGGCGUGCGGGUGCCCCUUAGUAAUCAAGUCCAGUGAACUCACACCACUGUCGUUGCUGCUAUUUGCGCAGUACGUCAAGGAAGCAGGCUUCCCUGCAGGAGUUUUUAACGUCAUCAGUGGCUUCGGUGCCGUUGCUGGCCAGAGAUUGGCUAGUCACCCCGACCUGGAUAAAGUGGCGUUCACUGGGUCGACUGCAACGGGCGCAAAAAUCAUGCAAAGUGCCUCGGCUAAUUUGAAGAACGUUUCGUUGGAAUGCGGUGGUAAAUCGCCAUUGGUGGUUUUUGAAGAUGCCGAUUUGGAAAAAGCUGCCAAAUGGGCUUCCUUCGGAGUUAUGUACAACUCGGGCCAAAACUGCACCGCCAACUCCAGAAUCCUGGUCCAGGACAGUGUCUAUGAGAAGUUCCUCGGGCUGUUCCGCCAGGCCAUUUUGGAUGAGUGGAAGAUCGGUGAUCCGUUCGACUCCGAAACAACCAUGGGUCCGGUCAUUUCCAAGGGCCAGUUUGACAAGAUCAAGGGAUACAUCGAGUCAGGCAAGAAGGAAGGUGCCAGGGUUGUUCUGGGAGACGAACCAGUUGUCCAGAAGGCCGGGUAUUUCAUCCAACCAACGGUGUUUGCCGAUUGCAACCAGGAUAUGAAGAUCGUCAGAGAAGAGAUCUUUGGCCCUGUGGUUGCAGUUUCCAAGUUCCAAACCGAAGAAGAGGCCGUCAAGAACGCCAACGAUACCAUCUACGGUCUCGCCGCGAUGGUGUUCUCCAAGGACUUCCAUAGAGCCCAUCGUGUUGCUGAGCAGCUCGAAGCCGGCUCUGUGUACAUCAACUCGUCCAACGACGAGAGUUGCAAAGUUCCGUUCGGUGGAUUCAAGAUGUCUGGAAUUGGCAGAGAGCUCGGCGAAAGCGGUAUCGACCUCUACACCCAGUCCAAGAGUAUUUUCCUUAACAUUGGCAACAACUGA